GUCUGGCGUGUGUGCCGCCCGCUCGGAGUGUUUGUUUGUGAUAAUCAAACACAAAUGAAUUUGGAAGCAUGACAAGUGAGUCUCAGCUGUGUUGCUGCGUUUAAACUUUACCAGAGACGAUACAGGUCUGACCAAGUCGACGCACUUAGAGAGAACAGAUGGGAGUGAGGAUGCUUCACAGGAACCUGCUGCAGGCUGCUUGGCUGUGUUACCUGUCGGCUGUUGUGGUGAACAGCUGUCCAGAUGUUUGCAGUAAGUGUUCAGGCACAGCUAGUGACCAGUGUGAAGAGUGCAGAGUGGGAUGGACACUCCACAACAACACCUGUUUAGACAUCGAUGAGUGUGGUACUGAGCUGGGUAUCUGUCCUGCAAACAGAUACUGCUUCAAUACAAAAGGGUCGUUUGAGUGCAGAGACUGCAACCCAGCCUGUGUGGGCUGUAUGGGUAGUGGACCAGCACGCUGCAGGAAAUGUGCCUCUGGGUACACACUGACGGGACACAAGUGUUUGGAUAUAGAUGAAUGUAGUGACAGAGUACUUGCCUGUCACGGUCUGGAUGAGAUCUGCACCAACACAGAGGGCUCGUUCCGCUGCGACUGUGCCAAAGGAUUCAUACGAAGCAACGGCGUGUGUACGAAGAAGAAGCCGCCCAGUGUUCAGGAGAAAGGUCUGUUCGAGGAUAUCCAGGAUGAUGAGGUGGAGGUGCUGCAGCAGAUGUUCUUCGGGGUGGUGCUCUGCGCUCUGGCCACGCUGGCUGCUAAGGGAGAUAUGGUUUACACGUCGGUUUUCAUGGGAGCGGUGGCGGCCAUGGCAGGGUACUGGCUCUCUGACAGGGGCGACCGCUUGUUGGACAGCUUCAUGAAGGGACGUUAAAACUCGGCCACAAAAAAGGUUCGAACUCUUCAUAUGGCAGAUCCACGUCUCAACCAGGCCUCACACACUGCUCGUCAGACAAAGCAGGUACAUCUUGAGCAUUCACCUGUAGUAUUUGUAAUACAAAUGAUUGACAUGAGAAUAUUGUGAAAUAUGUAGACGAAUGUCCUGAAAUGAGCUGAAAAUGAAUCAUCUUCAUUGUGAAUCAUUUGCUUUGUAAUUUUUUUCCAAGGUGUUAUUUUGUUCUGGCAUUUGGAGCCACAAACGUCCAAUGUUGCCAAUUGUAGUUUGAUGAUUAACGACUUGCUUAAAUGUAGAUAUGUGUGAUGAACAUCAAUCAGUUUUCAUACUAUGAGAUGCUUUGAAGCCAGUAGAUUUCUGCAGUCCUAGUAAUGCUGCUGUUAAUGGUACAAUUUUUUACAUCAGUUAGGUAAUAAAACAUCACUUAAUGGAAAAAUGUAGCACUUUGAUGCCUUUUAAAAUGUUUUUUCUAGUGUAGAGAAGAAAAAAUUAAGAGGAAUUAAACACACAAAAUGGAACUUAGGAUGUAGUUAAAAUAACCACAUAGUAUUAUUACUACUAACUAAGUGACGUACCAAGUACAGAUCUGGAUUUCUGUAUAUAUUAUGUAGUGUCCUUUUGGCAUGAUGCCACAGUAUCAUAAUGUAUACAUAAGAAGCGUUAAGCCUGGUUUUUAUUUAAAGCAGCAUUAAGCAGAAAUUGGCAGAUUGUGCGAUCUGGUGCCCCGCGUUGUUUUUAUAUUUAUACUUCUACAUAUUUGAGCACUUUAUUCUUUUACCUUUGUGAGUCUUGCAACAUUUUAUUCAUUGCUGUCAUCUUUUCCCCUCUUUUCUUUUGCUCUGUGAAGCACACUGGCCUGCAUGUAUGAAAGGCACUGAAUAAAGUUUACUGAAUUGUUUUAGUAACAGAAGACAGUGGAUUUGAAAUCGGGAGUAUAAAAUCACAAAAAGAGACAGAAAGAAAGUCACCUUUAUUUGAUGGAUAUAAACAAGCUGGCCAACACUCAAUAGUAAUAUUCUGAUACAGCACAUACAAUAGCAAACUGGGGCACUGAGGACAGCCUCCUAGGAUUAAAAAACAAAAAACAGUACAGAGUAUCCAUGCUUCAUUCAAAACUUUGACUCAGUCUCGCUUUUUUUUUUUCUCUCUAGGGACUUCCUCUGAUAAAGUUUUUUUAAAUAGAUUUUUCUCUUAUGCAUUCAUAACACACACGCAGACAUACUGACACACAAACAAACCCACACCCAGAAAAGCAGCUAUACCCACGCACACACGCGCACACGCAUACACGCGCACACACAAACACUCAUCUCUCUUUUCUGAAGACGUUUACACAGGCAACCCCAAAAACAUGCUGCACUCUCACAAAACUGCACAGGCUGUCUACUAAUGGGACACAGUAAGUGAGACACACGUCACUCUCAAACACAACAUCACACCGUCACGAUGCAGAUGCAAUUAAUGAGUGAGGAAUGAUGCAUCAUGGGAGAUUUUAGCUCACGUUCACACAAGUAAUCAUUCAGCAUGCUGGACACUCACAUUGAACUUGUUCCUAGGUUUUUACUGUACAGCUCAAAACAUUUACUUAUACAAAUAGUACAGUCUCAAACUGGCAUUUUUGAUAAGCUCAAACAAUAGAAAAAAUAAACCUCAAACUCAAAUAGAUAAAUAAAUAAAAAGAAUAAUAAAAAAGUAAACAAUAGUUUGUUCUGUCAAACAAAAAUGUUUCUGGCAUUGGUCACAGUGAUUUGUUUUAAAGUUUUCAGCAACGUACGAUAAAAGAAAAAAAACAACCUGUAGACGACAACAAAGUGAAAAUGUAUGACAGGCUUUUCGUAUUGUUUCUUGAAGGCCUUUUAAAAAAUGACUAGUGAAUCUACAGGCCUUUCAGCUCCUCCUACACGGCUGCUUCUAGGCACAGAUGCAGACUUCUCGACUCACGCUGAGUGCCAUGUCACUCAUUCACGACCAGGAUUAGUCUCCAGUCUAAGCCCAGGAAACCAGCCCCAGCCUCUUUAAGCCUGUGUCUCCUAAACCUUUUUUGACACAACGGUUGAGAAGUCGCUCUGCAUAGAGAACAGGAGAUUAUCCUUACAUCAUCACUUUCAGUUGGCACAUUAUGUAAAAAUCAGCAUGCAUGGGCACAUUGAAAUGUUUCAUGUUUUCUACCAUGUAAAUCAUAUAUAUGGUAUUUCAUGGUAGGAGAACCCCCUACUUCAAGUAUUCAGUAGAUAAGGACCUGAAAAUGGAGGAUUCAUACUCCGCCCCCCUGAUGGUGAAGUGAGAGGAUUUUUUGCUCCUCUGUCCGUUUGCAUUGUCUUCCCUUUUUUUCUUUUUUUUUUAGGAAAAAAAAAAAUUCCAAAUCAAGAUCUUUCUCUUUGUAAACACAAACACCAACGUUUCACACAAUCUGUUGAUUCUUGGUCAGUGACAGGAGCUGUAGAGGUUCACGUAUGAAGCGGACAAGAUGGCGCGCGGAUCGGCUCGGCGUGAGGCGGAUGGGGGAGAGGGAGGAGACAUUUAUAUACAACACUCAACACUUGGCCAUAUCAGGGAGACACACAGGUACCAUGAGGGGAGGGAGAGGAAGUGGGGAUAGUAACAGUCUAAUUCAAUUUUCCACUAUACUGUAACGACGUGUGUUGGUUUUUUUUUCUACGUAAUCAGCUGUCACGGUCACAUAAUGUCAACCACUUCUGUUUACAAGACGACGACGACGACAAACACGCGAAAGAAAUGCACCCCGACAGAGUCACUCAAACCUCCACUUGGAUGUUGAUAGUGAUAGUCCUCACUCACGAGUGCAAGUUUUCCUGACCGCUGAGAGCAGCGGACAAGAUCCCGAUGCUACUUUUGUGAGCUGCAAAAUUCAAGACAAUUUUUUUUUUUUUUUCCGAAGUUGUCGCCACGAGCAAAGUGGCCUUCGACUGAAUGUUUUCACAUUACGAAAGGAAUGUAACAAUGUCAUAGAUAGAUUUGGAUAUACUUCUCUGUUUCCCAUAACUGCUCUAAAGCUCUUUAUUUUUCUUCUGGGCUGUCCUGUGUUUCCAGACAGGGAAUGUUACUCGCUGCUGAGGGGGUUUCGUCUUCUCAAAUCAGAGGAAAAAAUCACACCACUCAACGCUCUAAAUAAAGACAUCUCUUUGACCUCCAGGAAGUUAGAAAAAUAACCAUGAAGAAAAAACAUAUAUCAUCUUGUCAGUUUGAAACGAUUUUCUGACCACGUAUAGACACACUCUAUAGAUUUCUCUCUAUAUGUAUAAUAUAUGCAUAUCUAUUAUAUAUGUGUACAGUUUCAUUUCAUUUUUUUUUUUUUUUUUUUACGAGGCACAGGCCACCUUGUUGAGAAGGAGAAAACAAGUCACUAUGUUUUGGGGGAGGUCACACAGACUACUGCUGGAAGAGGGGGAAUAACAAGGGAGAGGGGAGCAGGAGCAUACUGUAGGUCAGAGACUGGGCUGUCAAUGGUACAAACAGACCUGCAGGGAAAACAUCUACUGAACAUCGCCUCCACUUCAUAGUCUAUAAUGGUAUUUAUAGUAGCAGUAUUCAUACAGGGGAAUCACCUCUGUGUGGGUCUGAAGGUGAUUGUGGCUCAUAAAAGCCCCGCAAGGUCAAAUUGUAUGUACAAAGCAGUCUUUUACAGUUGUUUGUGAAGCCCGUUGUGGGAUCGAGUCCCUUGACUGUAAAAGGACUAAAAGAUGCUCUUGACCAGGUCUUCUGACACCAUUUAGAUUGAGCACCAGCAGAAGCACCAUUAGUAAAAAAUCCUGCAACAUGGAGGAGGAGGUGCAUAGGUGCAUAGUCUCAGAACCUCAAAAUAAUCUGACCAAUGAGUUUCUUCUGACCACUCUCUUGGCUGCUCUGAUUGGAUGUUUGGAUGGUUAAUUACACUUUGAUUUGGGGGUGGGGGGGUGGGGGACAAAAAAGUCAUUCACUCUGCGUUGACACCUGCAUAGAUUGAUUUCUUUCUUUUUUUUUUUUGUCUACUUAAAAUGAGGUAACAUGAAGAGAAACGUCAAUGGCAGCCACAGCCUUAAGGCUAAAACACGCCCGAGAGGUGGAGGGCCCUGCUCUUGCAGCCAAGGAAACCCCUCGAUGCUGCAGGCGAGGCUGAAGGCGGCACUAUCAGUAAACUCUAAGCUCUUCCAUUUGCAAACAAGAAAUGACAACAAAAAAGUAACAUCACUCAAAUCUGGUAUGUGGAACACGCUAUUUUGACAGUGACUUUUAGAAAUGCUUCUCUCAAAAUGUUUGAUGUGUGGGGCAAGUCUGAAGACAAGAGAAGAGGUCAGUGUGUGCUACAAAGGGUAAAAUAGCUCAUUGGCAUGAAACAACAGAAGAGACUCUGCACGCUGAGGAUCAUGAUAGCCAGGCAGAGGGGUCAGAUGUCACCAGGUGGGUCAGCAGGGCAGUGAGGAUCAAGGAACCAUGACAGAGUUCGGAUGGGGGAGCCAACCAGAGCCAGAGGAGUCAGUCAGGCAGGUGAAACGGACAGCAGGACAACCAUGAUCUCAAAUCAGUCAAAGGAAGCAAGAUGAGGAGCAAAUACUGGGCUGGCAGACAGUCGUAAGAUCUCUGCUGAGAGGAUCAAGAGGGCGUUGUUGGCCUGAAGAGGUGCAGCGGGCGACAGACAGUUCGGUCUGUGAUCCCAUACAGGAAGUAGAUGACAUCUGCUCCUCUUCACACAAAGAGGUCCCAGGUCACCUUCGACAGAAAACAAAGAAUAAGACUGUGUGAAGUGCAGUUCGGAACUCUAUUUGGAAUGACUGAAUACAUUUCUUUUUGGG